AUGGAAGGGCGAAGCCUCAUUUCUGCGGCAUUCUUCAUAAGCAUAAUCGGCUGCUGUUUGCUUGAUUUAAAUUUCGCCGGAAAUCUGCCAGAAGUCAAGCAAAAUCGUCGACGGACUCCUUAUCAACGCAAUAAUAACGAAAAAUCAACACCAUCUCGAAGGCAAAAGGCGGUCACCUUGCCGAUGGACUUUGACGAAGAAAAAUUCGGCACACUUUAUGCGCCGUCUGAAGUUGAACAGUAUGUUGGUGAAGGAUGGACAUUUUCAGCGAUUAAAAGAAUAGCGUUGUUGAGAACAGCUUUGAAUAGAUACGACGAUAUCCUGGACAUGGAGAAAACAUUGUUCUUAAUCGUCUCUGGACAAAAUUCGUUAAUCGUGAGCAAGAAGAAAAAGCUCAUGAAACGGUUCAAAUCGGCAAAAGCAAAAAUAUUAUCCGCUGCGAUACCAGUGCGGCGAAACCACAGCAUUUAUGGGAUAAAUUCCACGCAUGCUUCGGGUCUGGAGCUCGACACAUCAAGCUUCAUGGGUUAUGGUUCCGACUUGUAUGCUUUCUUCGUGGAAGUAGGAUGGAUUUUGAGUGCGGUGGAUGAGGGAAACGUUGUGAAAAGCAAGACGACUUUCUUAAAAGAUUUGUAUUUAGAAGAUGAAUUCAGGGAGAGUUUCGGGUGGAAAUUGGACUUUGAUGCCCGAAUUUUCCACAUUUGCAAUCGUCUAUCAUCAGAUGAUGGGAUCAUUAUGGGAAAGAAAGGUCCACAUAUGAGGGUUUACAGCGUUGUCCAUAAAAGUUACCCCGGUGUUCUGUUCAGAAAAGGACAUCCGGGUCACGAUUGUAUAGCCUGGGUCGGAAAUUAUGUUCCUGAAGCGUGGAACGAUAUCGAAGGCUGUUUGGAAAAGCCCUUCGAAGGAUCAUUUUUGACAAAGCUCAACAAAAAUCAGGAGGAAGAUUUGCCAUCAAUUUUCAUUUCUUUGGUGGUUCACAGCAGACACAUCGCAGAAAUGAUGCCUUGGUACUGGUUCUUACACCACGUGAAGUACCCGAAGAAAAAUAUCCAUUUACACAUCACGAUGAUUGGGAACACUCCGGAAGAUUUUGAUGCGUUGAUGACAGCAGUUGACUGGGAGUUUUCAGAUACCUUAAAAGAAAUUUCUGGAGAACACAGAGCCGACGAACACUCCGGAAGAUGGCUGGCGAACCAUCGAAAAGCAGUACGAGAGGAUUUCUACCUGCUUGCAGACAGUCGAGCGCACUUGACAAGCUUAAAUACAUUGGGACACCUUAUCGCUUUGAAUAGAAGCAUUGUAGCACCAAUGCUUUUCGGAGAAGGACAAUUGUAUGGUUCUGCGAAUUUCUUCGACGUCUACUCAAGAAGGAAUCCGUUCAAGAUGCCAGAAUAUGAUUCAAUCUCAAAGCGGAAACACGUCGGAAUAUGGGCAGUUCCGUGUCUUUUCGGUGUCGUGUUGGUCGACAUGUCGAGAGUGAACGUCAACAUCAAGUUUAAUCUUUUCUACUGGGAUGUCGAAAGCAAGAACGUCACUUUCCAUAGGGUUUGCUCGAGCAUGAUGAAGAAAAAACUGGACAAUCGUAUACGUGUGAUGAUCGAGAACUGCGUUUCUCUUGGUCAUCGUAGUUUCUUCGUCAUAGUUGGUGAUCAGGGUCGGGAUCAAGUGGUAAUUUUGCAUCAUAUGUUGUCCAAGGCUCAGGUGAAAGCGAGGCCAUCCGUUUUAUGGUGUUAUAAGAAGGAUCUCGGCUUCUGCAGCACACGAAAGAAAAAGAUGCGUCAAUUGCAGAAGAAGAUCCAGUCAGGAAAAUUGAAUGUCAAUGAUGAAGAUCCUUUCGAACUCUUCGUGUCUUCAACGUCAAUUCGCUACUGUUAUUACCAUGAAACCCACCGAAUUUUGGGUAACACGUACGGAAUGUGCGUUCUGCAGGAUUUUGAAGCCGUGACACCCAAUUUGUUGGCGCGUACGAUCGAAACCGUUGAAGGAGGUGGAAUGAUCGUGUUGCUGUUGAAAUCUGUGUCUUCGUUGAAGCAGUUGUACACCAUGACCAUGGAUGUUCAUUCCCGAUUUAGGACGGAAGCUCACGAUGAAAUAGUCGCGAGAUUUAAUGAAAGAUUCAUCCUUUCCUUAAUGACGUGCAAGACUUGUAUCGUUCUCGAUGACAAAUUGAACAUUUUGCCAUUGUCAAGUCACGUUGCGGAGCUGAAAGCAGUGACAGGGUCUUCUCGGACUUCUGCGACGGACCCUGAACUGAGAUCACUUCAGGAAAGCUUGCAAGACACCCAGCCAGUUGGUGUACUUGUUAAUCUCUGCAAAACAUUGGAUCAGGCGAAAGCAGUCUUGAAAUUUAUUGAUGCAAUUUCUGAGAAAAGUCUUCGAGCGACUGUGUCUCUCACUGCUGCUCGUGGGCGAGGCAAGUCAGCUUCUCUUGGAGUGGCCGUUGCAGGUGCCUUGGCAUUUGGAUAUUCGAACAUCUUCGUGACAAGCCCGAGUCCAGAAAAUUUGAGUACCUUUUGGGAGUUUGUUUUCAAAGGCUUUGAUGCGCUUGAAUACCAGGAACACAUCGAUUAUGACCUUGUUCAAUCAACGAACCCGGAAUUCAACAAAGCCAUAAUUCGAGUGAACGUUUAUCGCGAUCAUCGUCAGACAAUUCAGUAUAUUCAUCCGACCGAUGGUGUUAAACUGGGUCAGGCGGAAUUGGUCGUUAUUGAUGAAGCAGCAGCGAUUCCUCUACCAUUGGUGAAAAGUUUAUUGGGACCGUACUUGGUGUUCAUGGCUUCUACAAUUAAUGGGUAUGAAGGAACUGGGAGGUCCCUUUCGCUGAAGCUCCUGCAACAAUUGCGAAUUCAGUCAGGAUCGAGCGCUGACAAAUCCAACCAAAAUGGUGGCAGUACUGGGAGUGGACAACGAUCAUUACAUGAAGUUGCAUUGGAAGAAUCGAUAAGAUAUCGUCCGGGAGAUCCGGUUGAAUCGUGGCUGACUGAGCUUCUGUGUCUGAAUGCCACUGAUCCCGGAAAAUUGCGAACUUUCGAAACUUCGUCCGGCGGUUGCCCUUUGCCGGAAGACUGCGACUUGUAUUAUGUCAAUCGCGACACGUUGUUCUGUUUCCACAAGGCGUCGGAAUUGUUCCUGCAUCGUUUAAUGUCGUUGUACGUCUCGUCGCAUUACAAGAAUUCUCCAAAUGACCUGCAAAUGCUUUCAGAUGCGCCAGCGCAUCAUUUAUUUUGCCUGUUACCGCCAGUUAAACCUGGAAAAGCAACGCUUCCAGAAGUUCUGUGCGUUAUUCAGGUUUGUUUGGAAGGUAAUUUAUCCCGGGCAUCCGUCAAGAGUGGUUUUGCGCAAGGGAAAAAAGCGCAUGGCGAUUUGAUUCCCUGGACCGUUGCACAACAGUUCAAUGAUAAUCAGUUUCCUCAGCUCGCUGGUGCUCGAGUUGUCCGGAUUGCGACGCAUCCAGAUUUUCAGAACAUGGGCUACGGAUCUAAAGCAUUGGCUUUGCUCGAGCAAUAUUACGAAGGCAAAAUUGCGCCUAUUGAUGUAGUCGAGACUGAGACUUCCCAACCUGAGGACGACGAAGACGAUGGUUUAUUGAACGAAAAAAUCGGUCCGAGAGAUGACCUUCCUCCUCUUCUUCUCAAGCUUUCGGAAAGACAAGCUGAGCGUCUGGAUUACUUGGGAGUCUCCUUCGGAGCAACAGAAUCAUUAGUGAAAUUUUGGCGCAAAGCUGGUUAUAUUCCAGUUUAUCUGCGGCAGACGUGCAACGAUCUCACUGGGGAGCAUUCUUGCAUCAUGUUGAAGACGCUCAAAGAUAUUGAAAUAGAAGAUGACGAUUCUGUGCCAGGAUGGUUGUCGGAAUUCUGGCUCGACUUUCGGCGGAGAUUUGCCAAUCUGUUGGGCAGUGCGUUUAGGAAGUUUGAGCCGAAAAUGGCCUUGACAAUCCUUGGUGAAACGAACAAACUUCGGUCGCAAAGUUGUCUUGAAACAAAAAAGCAAGUGUUGACAAAAUCCCAGUUGGAAAUCCAUCUCAGUGCAUAUGAUGUAAAACGCCUUGAGUUGUAUGCGAAGAAUUUGUCGGAUUUUCACCUGAUUCUUGAUCUCCUCCCAACGAUUGGAAGACUGUACUUCACUGGCUUCAUGGGUGACCUUCAGCUCAGUGCCGUGCAAUCGGCAAUUUUGAUUGGAAUGGCUUUGGAGUUCAAAUCGGUGGAAGAAGUUGCUGGUGAACUUGAGAUAGAAGUAUCUCAGCUUCUGGGCUUGUUCAACCGAAUUAUCAGGAAAGCAGUGACCUACUUCAAUUCUAUCCUGGAGAACAGCAUAAUCGAGAGCAGUGAAUUGCUUGCUGAAGGGAAAGCCGCAUCCCGUGUUCCGCAAAUGGUAUCCACGAAUCAGUCGUUGGAUGACGAGCUUGAAGAAGCAGCAAAGGAAAUAGUCGCCAAGCAGAAAAAAGGAAAAGCGAAGAUGAAAAGCAUGGAUUUGUCAGAAUUUCAAAUCAAGGGCAAUGAUUCCGAUUGGAGUGAAGCUCUCAAGGAAGGCGGGAAAAGUUCUGUCGUGAUUAAAACUGCAUUAAAACGGCCGUUGAUCACGGAGUCAUGCAUGGAGCCAUCCACAAAUAAACCGAAGUCCCUCAAGAUGAAGAAGAUGGGAUUCAAGAAGCGAUGAAUUGUUUUUACAAGUGAUUGAUCGACAAUGGAAAGAAAGUUUGUUGAGCAAACUUUGAAG